UCAGAUUAAUGUCAGUUUGUUUCGAUACUCCAUCUUCUUUUACUUCCCAAUUCAAUAUCUCAAUGGAAUCUAAAUCUUCACCAUUAUUAUACUCAAGCAGUUCUCCUUCAUCAGAGAAAGAAGACUAUUGGAGCAUACUUCGGAAUCGAGUGGAUACCCUUCUUGAGAAUCGCCAAUCAAUUAAUCAAAAUUCAGAAAUCCCUCUUAAAGUAGUUUCAUCGACAAGAGAUGAAGAUACUUUGCUUCUUCUGCGGGGAUUUGAUUCGAUUUCUUCCUCUUUGUUUCAACUUAAAGGCAAUUUACAUAAAGCCAUUGAGGGAGCAAGAGAUCUAUCAAAACCUUCACUAACUGAAGUGUCGCAAAAUAAUGAUGCUGAAAGUGUAGAAGAAGAAGAGGGCAAGAAAGGGUUAAAAAAGAGAAGGCAUGAUGAUUCUGAUGAAGAAUCAUUCGAAAAUCAGAGAGCAGAUGUCGAAUUGAAAGAUAAUUUGAAGUUCAAGAAAGCUAAAAAUCUUGCGAUCUCAAUGGCAGCAAGUGCAGCUACACUUGCUAGAGAAUUGAAAUCGAUACGAUCCGAUUUAUCAUUUAUGCAAGAGAGAUGCGAUAUGCUCGAGGAAGAAAACAUGAGACUUCGCAAUGGAUCUAACAAGGGUGGUGAAGAAGAUGAUCUGGUGAGACUUCAAUUGGAAGCUUUGCUUGCAGAGAAGUCACGAUUAGCGACUGAGAAUGCGAAUCUAGUUAGAGAAAAUCAGUGUCUUCACCAGCUUGUUGAAUACCAUCAACUCACCUGCUCCUCUGAAGAUAUUGAUCAGACAUAUGAACAAGUUGUUCGCGGAAUGUGCUUGGAUUUUGAUUCUCCUUCUCCUUCAGAUGAUGAUGGCUCGAACUGUAGUGAAUUUGAAGCUCAGUUGACACCUCCAAGUCACAUUGUUGGGCCUUGAUCAGUGCUACGAAGAAGACGAAGAACACGAGUAGUACUAGCUAGUCCCGGAUGAAUCAAUCAAGUGUUGGAAUUCAAUUCAACUCAUUUCAAGGUUUCUGGUUAACUUGCGUAAAUGUAAUUGGUUGUGAUAUGUUUUGUCUCUAAUGCAUAAGAUUGAUAUAAUCAAACAAAUUUGUUGUUUUGGCUCUAAA